AUGUACCCAUCCGGUUCCAUCCACUCCAACCUCCCCCCACCUCCAGUUGCAGCCAAACAUCGGAACGAAGGCCCCAAUUCCAGUCUCCCCACCUAUCGCUCUCGACCUCAGCCAACGACAAUGUCCACCACCACCUCCUCGUCCACCAGUAAGUGUUUGUUUUAUGAAAACCGGAACGAUAAUUAGCCGCAGUUAUUGGUUUAUUACAAUUCGAGAGUAACCGGUAUUGUAACAUCAUUUCGAAGUAUUUCAAAGUUAUGUUUGACUUUAAGGUUAAAGGUGAGCCAAUCUAAGUUAAUAUCGUUUUAAAAGCGCAAGUUAUACCCCAAGAUUUUAAUUACUUGUUAUCAAUGAUCUCAGCAGUCUCUCUACCAACUUUUAGCUAAAUCCCAGCUCUACAGGCCAAGAAAUACAAAAUGAAACAAGGUACCGCCAAAAUAUUUUAUAUUAUCCAUGCUUUUACCUUCAAGUUUUGUGAAAACAAGCUUAAAAAUUAAAAAAGAAAGCUUAAAAAUCUUAAACUUACUUUAAAGAAGGGCUAUAAGAACGAACGGACAAGCACAGGCAUUUUUUGGCCACGUUUCUAAACAAAAAAUUGUUUUUUUCUAAAAACUGUGAGGGAAAAUAGGUCACGCUGACCGAGUUUCGGGAUUUCGUAAAAGAAAUAUUGGUUUUUUGCUUUUUCUUUUCGAUUAGUAGACGUUUUUUUGGGUAUAAUCCAUCUAGUUCAAGCGUUCGUAAUGUUUUAUAUACUCUUGACAUAAAUUUAGGUCUUCUUGUACGUCUAGGUUUUUAGAAAUUUUGUUUUUUGAUGUAUUUUCUGAUGAAAUCUUAGACAUUUUAGAUGUAGAUGGUGUUUUUUAGAGUUUUCCAAAUAUUAUAUUCGUUUUUCAGUUUUAUAUUAACAUAUUUUUAGGCUUUGCUGACGCGAAGAACAUGUUUGAAUCUUUGAACAAGACCUUCAACAACCAGAAUGUCAAAGCUGGAUUAAGCAAGUUGGCCCAGAACCCGUUGGCUCAAAAGGCCGCUGUCUCAUUAGCCAAGAAUGAGCAAGUCCGUUCUGUAGCCAUCAACCAGGCUUCUAAACAUGCUACAGGAAAAGCUGCUGAUCCGUUUGCUGAGAAAAUGGCACAUGGAGCGAUAUUGAACAUGGUGAACGAGUUUGAGAAUAAACCGAUAAUGGGCAAGCCAAUGGGUAAGGUUUUGCAUUCGUUUUUCUGUAUUUAGAUUAAAACAUCUUUUUGGAAGGUAUGCAGAGCUGGAAUUUUUAAUUUUGAGAUAGAGAAGACUCGUUUUAUGAAGUUAUAGAGUUCAUGAACGUUUUUUUAGAUGCCCCACCUUCAUCCAAGCCGCAACCUCCUCCAAAACCUCAGCCAGCCUACAAAACACUUACAGCUAUUGAUCCCUUUGAGUAUCCACCUGUAGUACCAUCUGCAUCUAAUGACAAGCCACCUAGUUAUGGGUGGAACACUAAUAUUGAUGGUGGGUCUAAGAGUGAGUGUUGUUUUGUGGUUUGUCCGUUUCUUGUGACUAUUUAUGUUAUGUUUUUGGUCAAUAAGUAUACCGAAUUCUUUUUUAAGACAUUUAAUAUAAUUUAUUUUAAAUUUUUUUUGUUAUUUCUAGUUACUUUUUGAUCAAAAUGCUAUAUAUGUUGCCUUAUCACUCUAUGUUUUGUUUUUACAAAGUCGCUGCUUUACUAUGCUUGUAACUUUGUAUGAUUGUUAUUACUGUAAUUUAAUUUAGAACCAGCCCGACCUCCACCACCUCGAUCCUCUCAAAACACGACUCCAGUUGAACUUACAAAUGGCUGGGGGCCAAGUUCAACAUCCGACACAUCCUAUACAUCUUCGCAUAAUUUCUCAUCAUAUUCUUCUUCUUAUUCUACUCAAACUUCUGAACCACAUGCUAUAGUACGCUACCCAUACAAAGCAGCACACUCAGAUGAAUUGUCUUGUGAACCUAAUGAUACUGUGAUUCUGAAGUCGGCUGUAGAUGAUCAAUGGGUCCAAGGGCUAAAUACGCGUACUGGAGAGAGUGGAAUUGUACCACUGAACUUUUUGGACAUUAAAAUACCAUUGGCACCUACGAAUUCGUAUAAUGGUGGGUAUAGCAAUGGCAGUUCGAGCUAUGGUAAUGGGAAUGUGGCAUCGCCAAGUGGAGAAAGAGCUGUGGUUAGGGCUUUGUAUGAUUACCAUUCUGAUGUUGAUGGGGAUUUAAAUGUAAGUUAAGGAGGAUGGUUUUAUGUUGUUUUACAUCAGUAUGACCUUUGGAAGAAUUAUUUUGAGAAUUUGAAAAAAUAUGGUGCUAAUGUCAAAUAUUCUGAUACCAAAGUGACAGUACGAUCUUUUUACUACUAUAAUAUAUUUCAAACUUUAUUUUCAGUUUAAUGCCGGUGACACUAUAGCAGUCCUAGAGCAAUGUAAUGCAGAAUGGCUCCGUGGUCAAUUAAAAAACAAGUUUGGUAUCUUCCCGAUCAGUUUUGUCGAGUUCAUAACUGGAGCGCCACAAGCGUCGAAUCAAGUAUUAUACAAAGUUGUAGCUCUAUAUGACUAUGACAGUACAGUUGCAGAAGAUUUGUCAUUCAAAGCCAACGACAAUAUUGAUGUAGUUGAGGAAAUGGGGCAAGAUUGGAUCCGAGGCUCAUUGAAUGGCAAAACUGGACUGGUACCACUCACUUAUGUGCAAAGAGUUUGA